AGAACGAUAACUCAACAAAACCGGAACUACGCAAAAGUGACAACAAAACACGUAAAAAACAGGACAUUAUGCAUCAUCUUCUAAUCAAUAUGUAAUAUAUUUUUGAAUCUCUGUUACAAUACAUUGACCAUGGAACGCCCGAAUCAACAGCAGCAACAGGGAGACCAGGUGGCCUGGUGGUUUAAAAUUCUUGCAAGAGCAGUUGGAACGAUUGGAGGCCUUGUUGCCAUGGCUACAGGAGUAGUUGUGUGCAUCAGCUUUUCAGCGAUAUGCAUAUUAGCUGGAGUUCUCCAGAUAUUUAUAGGAUUUGUAGCAGUAAUAUUUGAAGCACCUUGUUGUUGUCAGUUCUUAGAUUUUACUGAUAAAAUAGGGAAAUUUUCAGAAAAUAGACCAUAUUGGCAGAAAGCUGUUACAUAUUGUAUAUUAGGAUUGAUACCAAUUAUAACAUGCUUUAGCACAUCAACAGUAUUUGGCAGUGGUCUGGUGUUUGCCGCAGGUGUAGUGUACGGUUUAAUGGCAAUUGGCAAAAAAGCUGACCGAGACACAAUGUUAUCUAAAGCUAAAGGAGAUGAUGUUGAACUUGGUACAACACUUUUACAAAACGAACAAAAAGUAGAUUUACAUGUACCUGAAAGCCCUGGAAAAUCAUGAUGGAACUUAAAAAAUGUUAUAGACACUGCCAGAUAAAGGACAAUAUUGAAUGUUUUACACAUCAUGACCUGUUAAAACAGUUUAGAUAUAUAUUGAAAAAUGUUGCAUAUUACAUUUGAAUUUUGAAAAUGGACAAUGGUCCUAGAAAUUAAUGCUGCAACAUUUUUAAUAUUUUGUCAAGUACAAAUUCUGUAUAACUUAUGAUUUGGUUUGAAAUAUUUUUAUGCCCCACCUACGAUAGAAGAAGGGCAUUAUGUUGUCUAGUCUGUUCCUCUGUUUGUUCGUCCGUGCGUCUGUUCUUCCUGUUUCUGGAUAAAGUUUUUGGUCAAGGUAGUUUCUGAUGAAGUUAAAGUCCAAUCAACUUGAAACUUAGUACACAUGUUCCCCAUGAUAUGAUCUUUCUAAUUUUAAUGCCAAAUUAAAGUUUUGACCCAAAUUUCGGUCCACUAAACAAAGAAAAGAAAGUGCAAAGCUCAGGUUAAAGAUUUUGGUCAAGGUAGUUUUUGAUGAUGUUUAAGUCCAAAAGACUUGAAACUUGGUUCACAUGUUCCCUAUGAUAUGAUCUUUCUAAUUUUUAUGCCAAAUUAAAGUAUUGACCCUAAUUUCACGGUCCACUGAACAUGUCAAAUGAUAGUGGGAGUGGGGCAUCCGUGUACUAUGGACACAUUCUUGUUUCAAUUUAUAAUAUAUAUUCUUGACAUCCUGUUGUCAAAUUUUAUCAGGUAAAAUAUUAAUAUGAAUUUCCAGCUGAAUGGAUUUUUACAGUUUUUACCGAUCCUACAAAGCAAAGUAGCAAGAGCACUAAAUACAAUAUUCAGAAUUAUCAAAAUAAUGUUAUCUCAAGGUUAUUGUUGAAAAGAUUGUAACGUCCGUAUCACGAAUGUUUCACUGUUAUAAUGCUGGUUGUGUUUUCAGCAUAUGGGUAUGCAAGUAUUUUGGAUAGGUAUCUUUUUGCCUUCUUAAGUGUUACUUUGGAUAAUUGAUGUUUAUUACAGAUUGUAGCUUUGAAUGUAUGUGAACAAAUUCCUGAAGUAACAAUAACAAAUACCAAAUAACAUCUGUUUAUUCAUGUUUUUUUUCGACAAAAUUAAUACUAACAUAAAAGACGAAAUUUUUCACAAUGGAGAAAAUAUGUGUCACAAUGAAAAGCAUGUGAUAUCUGAUUGUGCUUAUUACGUUUUGAGUGAAAUUUUGUAUUUUAGUAGAGGACAAUCAGACAGACACAUUUUACAAUUAUUUCCCUAUGGUUGUUCAUGACUUAUCUCAAUAGGGAAUGCUGAAAGUAAAUAAAAUUUGAAGUUUAGGUUGAAUUGGUUAUUUCAACCAAUACUUUUACACAAAUUAAACUGGUUAAAUAAUUCUGAAUCUUAUCUCGAGAGCCAGAGGCUAUCAAUUAUAUUUACAGUAUGUAAUGACAUUACAAAAAAAUAUUAAUUGCAAUUUUGUUUUAUCCAUUUGUGUUCUUUUAUGGCACUCAAUACUUGUGUGCUGAAUUGUGUUCCUUAAUAAUGCUUUUAUUUGGGUUGUCCAUUUUACAAAUAGCUCGCUUUGUUGCACCUACUUAUCUUUGGGAGCUGGACAUCAUUAGCCAUGAAUAUUUUCUUUUAAUACAUUGCUUUUCUUGUUGCUCUUUUACAUUACAAACAAUUUCAUUAUUUUUUUAUACCUUUAAACAUUUUUCAGGUGGAAAAAAUAAAAUAAAAAAUAGAAUGGCUUUCAAUGUUAAGAUAAUGACUUGAAGAUCGAUUUCUUCUGUAGGAAAAUUCAAUUGAAAAUUAUUAUAUUUUCCAUAUCUGGAAUUAUUCUUCUAAACUCAGAAAACUUACUUUUCAGAGUGCACUUUUUGGACAUUGUGCUGUAUUGACUAUUUGACCAAUAAUUUUUAUAAUGUACCUAUUCAAAUUGUAUCACAUGUUUAGAAUAUUGGUAAAGGAAGAUGAAAAUAUUGACCUGCAUCAUUCAAAACAUUUUAUUCAGUUGUGUAAAAGUAUAUGUGUAAGUACAUGUGUAUAUUAAAUUGUAGUGAAAUGAAACCUAGUCCAGUACUUUUAUUACUGUUUGUUUAUGUUAUUUGUAAUUUACAUGUUUGAGUUUGUAACAGCAAAACUAUAUGUAAUUAUUAGAUAAGAUAAUUUAAAUUCAGUAAAUCUAGCAAGCAAAUAAUACUAUCAAAAUUUAAGGGCAUACGAUACAGUUACAGAGAAGGUAAUGACGUUGCUAACGUAAUAUGUUAUUUUCGCGACGUCAAACUGUGACAUAUCGGGAAAAGAUGCAUUUUUCGACUGAUUUUUAUCUUUCAAACCGAUUUAAUUUGAAAAAGAGUUCAUGGACCCCUUUUUCAAAACGGCAUUUUGUUUCAUUUUGCAGGGAGAUUAUGUGUCCCAAAUUUUAUAAAACUGUAAAUAGAGGAUUUUUUUUAAUUUUGAUAAACAUGCAGUAAAAAAUGACGUUUUUUCAUCAAUUCAUGAAAAUUUGAUAAAUAUAAGUUAUUUCUGAAUAAAAAAUUGCAUUUUUUUUAGGAUACUUAUGAAAUACAGAAAUUAUCGAUUAUUUAUCAAAAACCAAUUUGUGUUUAUCUUUUAUAACAAAAAAGUUAUGUCUUUCUUUCGAAAAAGAAAUUACGGCCACAAAUCUGAAUUUUGAGCAAAUAUACAAAAUUUCGAUCUCAUUUUACUCAAAAAGUAGCACAUGAAGGUAUUUUUUUAUUACCUAUUUGAUUUAGUCAGGUAAAAAAUAGCCUUUAUGCAAAUUUUCAUGAACUUGUAAAUACAGGAUCAAAACUGUAUCGUAUGCCCUUAAAAUUUGAGUUUAUUCUGUGUAAAAUACAUCCUUUGGAAAUUUGGAAUUGUACAGUAAAAGCAAAACACAUUGUUUAGAUCAAUGUUUUCUGAAUACUAAUAAUGUAUAUGUACCUAUUUACAAAUGAUGCCUUCAUGAUAUUUUUAUUAUAAUGGAAAUCAAUUUUCCUUUGUUUAAACUAUUGGUUGAAAUUAAUGAAAUUGAUAUACUCAUGUCGAAUUUCUGAUAAUCUAAUUAUUGUUAUGCAGAAGAUUUUUCGUUAAAAUUUAAAUAUAUAAUUAUCAACAAAUAAGUAGUGGGAUAUUAUAAUAGCUGACUAAAACAUCAGUUAUAGAAGUUUUAAACCUUUGUAAAAAAACGUUUUUAAAGAGAGACUUCUAUUUAUACACCAUUACUGUUUACAAGUGAAUUUGAAUUAUUAUACAGACUUAUGUAAUGAACAAUAUUUUAAAGAUUUUUGGUAAAAGGAAAAUAUCUCUGUUUUAAAUGUUAAGUUACCCAAUUGAAUUGCAUUAUAUGUGUGUUGUAUAUGUGUUUAAAGUUAUGUUGUGUCAUUUCUGAAUUUUUCAUUACGCAAAUAAAGUUGUUAAGACCAGAUUAUUUUUAUAAGUUAUACAUGUGAGGGCAUUAUUUUCCACAUCACUUACUUCAUUGAAUAGAAGUCUAAAUGUCAUAUAACCUUUCCAUAUUUUUUUGUGGAACUGCCUGGUGGUGCAAGGCUAUAUUUAAUAUGAAUAUUUGAGACUUUUGUUGUAAAUUUUAUUUGCCAUGACAUUUUGCUGGUUUUUUCAUUGGGUGACAUAUGUAUGCCUGAAUAUCAAGAUGAUCCAUAAAUGCUUUCAAGACAUAGACAUCAUGAUAGUUAAGAAUAAUUGCAUAGUACUUAUUAUUGGGAUGAAUGAAAUAGCAGUUGUCACUAUUGUAUACCACAACAUUAUUGUUUAUUAUGUUAUUUAAAAUAUACAUGUUGGGAAUUGCCUGUUAUUUAUGAAUUGUAGACACAAAUAAAAUUUAAAAGCAUUUUCUCAUUGAUAACAACCCAUUACUAGUAUACCAGUACUAUUUACUAUUCAGAAACCACCACAUUUUGAAAGUUACCAAUGUAUCAUAAAGUUAGUUAGAUACUCUAUAGUUUUUUUCAAUAGGAUAUUUUACACAAUGAAUAUUUUAUACAAUGAAUAUAUAUAAAUUGUAUAUAGUAUGAUAUAAAUUACAUAUGAGUUUGACUGUCCCUUUGGUAUCUUUUACAUUAAAUAUCAUAUAAACUUCAUAAUAUAUCAAAACUAAAUUAAGGUCUCUAAUAAAGUUAUGAUGAUCAGUUCAGUAUCUUGUAUACUUUAUGAAAUAUUAUAAAAACAUACUUCAAACAAUGAUGAUUGCUUACUCAAAACAGCCUUUGUUUAUCCAAUCAUUAUACUUU